AUGCGGAGCAGGCGCUGCCGCCUCUGCCACUCACACUCCCCGCGCGCUGCCUGGAGCUGGAGGGGGUGCUGGGAACCAGCUGAGCAGCGCUGGGAACUGGGGCCAGCAGAGGGGGCGCCCGGCUGCUCGCUCCCGUUGCCUUCGCGGCACUCGGGCCCCGCAGCAGCGAGAGCCAGUCGGAGUGUCUGAACCCGAGGCGGGCGAGAAUCGGCUGCUGGAGGGCGCCCUGGGCAUUCAGCCGCCCGCUGCGCUCCAGCGCGGUAGCGCUCGCCGCCUGCCCCGCGGGCCGGAGAGCUGCGAACUGAGGUCGCCCCCGCGCCGGGGAUGGUCUAGGAGCCCGCGCUAAGCUCGCCGCUCCGCUCGCCGCCUCCUGCGGAUCAACCUCGGGCUUCGAGUCGCGGUCACCGAGGCUGCGCACCCGGACCGCCCAGGCCGGAGAAGUUAGUUUGUGUUCAGCGCAGUGCGAGGAGAGACUAAGCGGGCGAGAGAGGCAGCCAAGCGCCGGGGCCAUGGGUUGGGGGAGCCGCUGCUGCUGCCCGGGACGGCUGGACCUGCUGUGCGUGUUGGCGCUGCUCGGGGGCUGCCUGCUCCCUGUGUGCAGGACGCGCGUCUACACCAACCAUUGGGCAGUCAAAAUAACCGGCGGUUUCCCGGAGGCCAACCGCAUAGCCAGCAAGUACGGAUUUAUCAACAUAGGACAGAUUGGAGCCUUGAAAGACUACUACCACUUUUACCACAGCAGAACGAUUAAAAGGUCAGUUCUCUCAAGCAGAGGAACCCACAGUUUCAUUUCAAUGGAGCCAAAGGUGGAGUGGAUCCAACAACAGGUGGUGAAAAAACGGAUUAAGCGGGAUUAUGACUUUAGUCCUGCCCAGUCUACUUAUUUCAAUGAUCCCAAGUGGCCGAGCAUGUGGUAUAUGCAUUGCAGUGAUAACACACAUCCCUGCCAGUCAGACAUGAAUAUUGAAGGAGCCUGGAAGAGAGGCUACACGGGAAAGAACAUCGUGGUCACCAUCCUGGAUGACGGCAUUGAGAGAACCCACCCAGACCUGAUGCAGAACUACGAUGCCUUGGCAAGUUGUGAUGUGAAUGGGAAUGACUUGGAUCCAAUGCCUCGUUAUGAUGCAAGCAAUGAGAACAAGCAUGGGACCCGCUGUGCUGGAGAAGUGGCAGCUGCAGCAAACAACUCGCACUGCACAGUUGGAAUUGCUUUCAAUGCCAAGAUUGGAGGAGUCCGAAUGCUGGAUGGAGAUGUCACUGAUAUGGUUGAAGCCAAAUCAGUCAGCUUCAACCCCCAGCAUGUGCACAUUUACAGUGCCAGCUGGGGCCCUGAUGAUGAUGGCAAGACUGUGGAUGGACCAGCUCCGCUCACCCGACAGGCCUUUGAAAAUGGCGUGAGAAUGGGACGGAGAGGCCUUGGCUCCGUUUUUGUCUGGGCCUCAGGGAAUGGUGGAAGGAGCAAAGACCACUGCUCCUGUGACGGCUACACCAACAGCAUCUACACCAUCUCCAUCAGCAGCACAGCUGAAAGUGGGAAGAAGCCUUGGUACCUGGAGGAGUGCUCAUCCACACUGGCUACCACCUACAGCAGUGGAGAAUCCUAUGAUAAAAAAAUAAUCACCACAGACCUGAGGCAGCGCUGCACAGACAACCACACCGGGACAUCGGCCUCAGCUCCCAUGGCUGCAGGCAUCAUCGCACUGGCCCUCGAAGCCAAUCCGUUUCUGACCUGGAGAGACGUGCAGCAUGUUAUUGUCAGGACUUCCCGUGCAGGACAUUUGAACGCUAAUGACUGGAAAACCAAUGCUGCUGGUUUUAAGGUGAGCCAUCUCUAUGGAUUUGGACUGAUGGAUGCAGAAGCCAUGGUGAUGGAAGCAGAGAAAUGGACCACAGUUCCUCAGCAGCACGUGUGUGUGGAGAGCACCGACCGUCAAAUCAAGACUAUUCGCCCUAACAGUGUGGUGCGUUCCAUCUACAAAGCUUCCGGCUGCUCCAGUAACCCCAAUCGCCAUGUCAAUUACCUGGAACAUGUGGUUGUACGCAUAACCAUCACCCACCCCCGGAGGGGAGACCUGGCCAUCUACCUGACCUCACCCUCUGGAACCAGGUCCCAGCUUCUGGCCAACAGGCUUUUUGAUCAUUCCAUGGAAGGAUUUAAAAACUGGGAGUUCAUGACCAUUCACUGCUGGGGAGAGCGAGCAGCUGGUGAUUGGAUCCUUGAAGUUUAUGAUACCCCCUCUCAACUCAGGAAUUUCAAGACACCAGGUAAACUGAAGGAAUGGUCCUUGGUCCUUUAUGGUACCGCUGUGCAGCCAUACUCACCAACCAAUGAGUUUCCAAAAGUGGAACGUUUCCGCUACAGCCGUGUCGAAGACCCCACUGAUGACUAUGGUACAGAAGAGUAUUCAGGUCCCUGUGACCCCGAGUGCAGUGAGGUUGGCUGUGAUGGACCAGGACCGGACCACUGCAGUGACUGUUUGCACUACUAUUACAAGCUGCGAAACAACACCAGGAUAUGCGUCUCCAGCUGUCCCCCUGGCCACUACCAUGCUGACAAGAAGCGCUGCAGAAAAUGUGCCCCUAACUGUGAGUCCUGCUUUGGAAGCCAUGGUGACCAGUGCCUGUCCUGUAAAUAUGGCCACUUCCUGAAUGAAGACAACAACAGCUGUGUCACCGACUGCCCCCUUGGAUCAUACCCGGACAUCAAAAAAGCUCUUUGCCGGCAAUGCAAUGAAAGCUGUAAGGCAUGUAAUGACUUCCACAACUGUACUGAAUGUAAGGAUGGGUUCAGCCUGCAGGGAACCCAGUGUCACAUCAGCUGUGAGGAUGGAUGGUACUUCAAUGGGCAUGGCUGUCAGCCCUGUCACCGCUUCUGCGCUGCUUGUGCUGGAGCAGGCAUUAAUGGGUGCAUCAACUGCACAGAGGGCUACUUCAUGGAAGAUGGGAGAUGUGUGCAGAGCUGCAGCAUCAACUACUACUUUGACCAUUCUUCAGAGAACGGCUACAAAUUCUGCAAAAAAUGUGAUGCUAGCUGUCUGACGUGCAAUGGCCCUGGGUUCAAGAACUGUACGAGCUGCCCCAGUGGGUAUAUCUUAGAUUUAGGAACCUGUCAACUAGGAGUUAUCUGCAAGGAUGCAACGGAAGAGUCCUGGGCCGAAGGAGGCUUCUGUAUGCUAGUGAAAAAGAAUAAUCUGUGCCAACGGAAGGUUCUUCAACAACUUUGCUGCAAAACAUGUACAUUCCAGGGCUGAGCUGCCAUCCUAGAUUUCUUUGUUCCUGUAGACUUGUAGGUUACUCCAUAUUAUUAUUAUUAAAAAGAAAAAAACAAGCGAAAAAAAAAAAAAAAGCAAACCACCAUUCUCUUUUUUGCUCUCUCAAAAAAAAAUUUGUGCAGGGAGAUGGCGAACUGUUUUGUCAGAACUUAAAUGGAAGGGGAAAAAAAUCAACCUACAACAAGGCUACCUUUUAUAACUGGGUGUUUAGUGCUAAACAGCCAGAACCACAGAGACAGUAUUGUAUGACCAAAGCAUUUGAUGCCAAAAUUUGACGUUAAAGUAAUGAUUUGAUUUCCUGCCCUGGUUUGGAAGGUCCAUUUUUUCCUUUUGCAUUUACUUGCUUGUUUCCCCGUUGAGAUGCCUAUAAAUAUCUUUUGAAAACAUCACAAGAACAGAGUAAAAUGAAACAGAAAGCUCUUGCAUACAUCAUUUUUCAUGCUUGAGUUCCACUAUUUAGGGGAAAAUGGCAACAAACUGGACCUGAGGGCAUUGAGACCAUCCCACAGAGUUGUGUUCAGUGUCACUUGUCUUAGUUUUUCACAGUUAAGUAUUGAAACUUUCCACACACAAUUUCCUCCAUGCAUUAUGUGCUAGCUUGGGCAUUAUACUCACUUGAGAAGUCUGUUCCACUGGUUUCAUCAGAUAGACUUGCUGCUACUGGCUUUCCAUUGUAGAGUGAUGAAUUUCACACACAGCUGGCCAAACAGGAUUGAUCUGCAUAGUCAAAUUGGUGGUAGACAGAGCAUUAACAUACAAAACAGUUGAAACUGCCUCCCCCCACUUUGUAGCCCCUGCACAAUCUCUUGGUGCUAUCUAGCCACUAUGCCCAUAGCAGUUUUCAAAGGCCAUCAAGUUUCAUUCCUUGUGAUGAAAAGCAUUUUGUACAGGAUGCAGGAAAUCUCUUCCUGGAGUUAAAAAGUUUCUAAGAGGUCCCAUAUUUUUUAAGAAAUAGAAUUUAUUUAAAUAAUAUUUAAGCUCGUGCCCUAAGGGGACAAGCAACCUUUUUUCAAUGGUGCUUAUUAGAAGUUCUUUUCACAUUUUACAGAAAUAAAACUGGAGAUUAAAUAUGGGUGGCAUAAUUGGCCCCUCCUGGUUCUGAUAUUUUCUCACUCUACUGUCCCUCUAUAAUUGUGCUAUGAUCCUCCUGCCUACUGAAUUGUCACUAAGACAUCUAUUUCUUGGAAAAAUCUUAACUGGUUUUCUAUAAUUCCCUAAACACAUCCUAGUAUGGAGCAGACUGAAUUCAUUUGAAAGCUGUUUUGGAUCAGUGGUCGGCUUUUUCUUUUAUUUUUCUUUUCUUUUUUUUCUUUUUUUUACCAACUCAGUGUCUCUGCUUAGGGGAAGGUAGACUGAUCAAGUUACUUUGUGUUUUAUAUCACAACUCUACCUGGUGACCUCAUUUCUUUGGGAGUGACCAGCCAUCUGAAAGGCUUUGUGCUUCUGAGAGCCUCACUUCCAAAAGCUUACUGACUUCACACCUGAGAAAAAGAAUAUCAACACAGCUUAUCCUGGGAAUUGGACCCAAAGGUUUCUAAUCCAAGCAGCAAGCUAGAAAAAACCCUAACCUUGAAAACACUUUUCUGCAGCAAAGUUACCAACCAGCCCAAGUUGAAUAAUAAGUAUGAGUCUUAUCUCCUUGGUAACAGCAUUGUAGAACUACAGGGUCACAGAAGGAUUCAUACAUAACUGGCAGUCUACUGGUUUUGCUGAGUAUUUUUACUCUUCAUAACACUGUAGACCUUUCUGAUAGCCCUCAAAGUGAAUUAAUCCUGGAUACAGUGUAUUGUCUUACAUUUAAAGGCACAGUCUUUAAAUGGAUAAAUGCAAGCACAAGCCUAAAGCAGAUGGUGAAACCAGACCUGCCCACAAAGAUUCAUUUCACUGAACCAGCCCAUAAUAUUUGAGGCACAACAGACUGUGAUAGGAAAGACAAAAAUAAUGUCUGUGUCCUUAGACACAUGCCCUUCAUUAGGACAGCCAAAUUCCUUGGGGUCCACCAAUGUGCGUUCCAUUUCUCACUGACUGUGCAGGCACACUUAAUGGAAAUACUGGUUUAACUACUAGUGUGUUACUGCCUCAUUUAUCUACAGAAUAUUAACUAGAACAUAAUGCUUUCAAAGUUUAAGUUAAUGUUAUAUAUAUAUUAUGUAUAAAUAUAUAUAUUCAUAAUGAGAUAUGUAAUGGAUAGUACAAAGUUUAGAGACUUAAUAGAUGCUCUAACCUUCUAGAGUCAAACGUCCUAUCUUCUGUUACCUUAAAAUUAAUGAUCCAUUGUUAAAUCCAAAUCCACUUUUACUGAAAAAUACUGUACAUGUGUAAAAUGUUCAGUUGUUUUUUUGUAAAAUAUAGUAGAAUGGUUGUAAUUGAUACUGGCCAAAAUCAAUGUUAUUUCACAUUUUAUUUUUUCUAUUAAAUUAACCUAAGUUCCUGUUUA